AAGGUUAAACCCCAACUCUCAGGGAAAUUUCACGGCUCUCAAAGACUAACAAAAAAAUACUCUUUUGCUGACCUCGAAAGAUUAAUUAAGCAAGCCAAAAAAAAAGGCAGACAAAAACUCCUCGCUAACCAACAACUUCGCCGUGCUAAAAAAGAGGCCCAAACAAGGGUUCAGCAAGCUAAACUUCAAGCCAGACAGCAAAAACAACAACGCCUAAAAGAAAUCUACUCUUACUUCC